CCUCAUUUCUGAUAUAAAUUGUUGAAAUAAACCAAAAACUUACACUGAGAAACUUUUUUUGUCAUUUCAAUAUACACAAUUAUUUAUUAUAAGUAUGACUUCGACAUCAGAGGCAGUUCCUAGUUAUAGAACUACCGUGUCGCCACCUCGGACCAAUCUCAAAACGUCAAUAACCCACCCCAUCAACAUCAGUUGGAUAGUACCAGAAGAAUUAAUUGACGGACUUACUUCAGAUCCACUACCACCAUCGACAGACCUUUUUGAUAUAUAUACUACAACUUCUCUUUACAAACAUUAUUAUGACCAAGUACAUAAACGUGCACACUCUGGCUAUGGAGUUUCUCGUUCAACAACACUUGGUAACCUGGCGUUAAGUUCAUGUCCUGGUAAAAAAGUCAGGCUCAGUGGGCCUGUAAGAGGCAGAGCAACAAUCGAUCGCGAUCUAGAUUUAGAUUUCCAAAGAUUGAAAUCUUUAGAUAUAUCGAUGGUUGUAUGUUGUCUUAAUGACGAUGAAUUGGCAUUUUUGGGUGCAUCAUGGCCGAAAUACAGCGAGUUAGCACAAAAACAUAAUCUUCAAAUUAUUAGGAUUCCAAUGAUAGAAGGUGGUUGUCCAGAUACAUUAGAACAAAUUGAUUCUGUAGUAACACAAAUAGAUCGAAAUAUACAGCAGGGUCGAAAAGUUUUGGCACACUGCCGCGGUGGAGUUGGACGUGCCGGUUUAGUAGCGUGUUGUUGGUUACUUAAGAGACGAUUUUGUCUUGACGCUGAUCGUGCAAUUCGUUUAGUAAGGAUGAGACGAAGUCCAAAAGCUAUUGAAACUAUGCAACAAGUGGAUUUUAUUGUACAAUAUGCAAAUUACGUUCACUGGAGAUUACAACCAUCACCACAGAAUACAUAUGAAGAUACAGUAACCAAUGAGAUGGGUGAUCUCAACAUUAUUGGACAUAAAAUAUGAAGUUCUUUUAUCGGCUAGUCUGUGGCUUGUUUAAAUAUAAGCAAACGACACCUUA